UCUCUCACACACACACACACACACACACACACAGACGAAGUGCAGCGAUAGUGUUGACGGUCUGUGAGUAGAUUCUGCUUAAAUAAUAUUCCUGACCUACAUAUCUUUGCAAACAUUUUGGUCCAAACGGCGAGCGCGCGGAACGAAACGGCAGGCAGGAUGAGUAAAGUCCAGGGCUGCAUGAAAUGUGUCAAAUACCUGCUGUUCGUCUUCAACUUAAUAUUCUGGCUGUCGGGGUCACUGGUGUUGGCUGUGGGAUUAUGGUUGAGGUUCGACCCAGAAACGGCCGACCUCUUAAAAGAAAAUGAUGCCCCUGAGCACUUCUUCAUUGCGGUGUACAUCCUGAUCGGAGCGGGAGGCCUCAUGAUGUUGGUGGGGUUCUUUGGCUGCUUCGGGGCCGUGAGGGAGUCACAGUGUCUUCUGGGAUUGUUCUUUGCUUGCCUUCUUGUCAUUUUUGGGGCAGAGGUUGCUGCUGGAGUCUUUGGCUUUCUUAAUAAAGAUAAGAUCAUUGGCGAUGUCCAAUACUAUUACAAUUCUUCUGUGGAAAAUGGCAAUAGGACUGCCGUUGUAAACAUGUAUCACAAAGUGCUUUCAUGCUGCGACGCUAAGUCCUCUACCCCUUCUGAACUGUGCAAGGAUUGUAAAAAGGCUAUAGAAGAAUUCUUCAUCGAAAAACUCUUCAUAAUCGGAUGUGUGGGCAUCGGCAUCGCUGGAAUUAUGAUAAUUGGCAUGAUCUUCAGCAUGGUUGUAUGCUGCGCCAUUCGGAACAGCAGAGAAGUUAUUUAGGUUAAUCGUAGGUCCCCUCUCAUCCAGUUAGACUGUUUCAAAGCCCUCCAACUUUGACUUCAUUCGAUCAUAACAUUCAGGCUCGGGAAGCGGGUGGAGGAGUUCCCAUGAGGCAGCGAGGGUCUUGUGGUACUGUUUUGUGAACAGUGUUCUGUCUUUGAUUGUUUCUGUCUUUUUUGUUACUUGCAUUGUUUGAUGAUGACCUCCACUGCAUGGACUUCUACUGUAACAGCAUUAACCUUUACAUUUAUUUUGUCUUUUUUUAUUACUGAGUCAGCAUCAUCACAUUGGGGAAACAUCAGUGUAAAUCUUACUUUUUUCCAACUUGAUCUCCUUUAAUAGAGAGUAUUCAGUUUAGACUUUCACAGUGAACUGGACAUUUACUUAAAUAAGCUCUCUGCUGCCUCACUGAUCAACUACUUUUCAACUUUUUUAAUGUUAUUUAUUGUGUGAACAAGACCAGGUUUUUGUGCUAACAGAUGAUGGGUCAUAUGUUUAUUGUUUUUUUUUUUUACUAUUAAUAUUUGGUUAUUGUAAUUUUGCCACAUCAUUAAGAUCCUGAAUGAAGCUGAGAAGUGGAUCGAGUCAACAUGAACUUUUCAUAAUAUUUAAAGUUUUAUAAUGAAAGGUUUGUCCGUGCAUGGUUUUCCCAACGAAACAAUUAGCUUUAUAAUUUUAUUAAAACUUAACUUGCCGUCUCUGAAACAACUUUUUGACCCCACAUUAAUGUGCUAAUGUUAACCAAAAAACAUCAGUUUAGGCUAUUGUCGUAGACCACAAAUUUUUAAAAGAUAUUGCCAGUACUAAUUUAAUGUUGAUUUAUAGGAAUAUAAUAACAAUUACAGCAAUAAUAGCAAAUAAAAGUUGGAAAAACUUACUGCAGAGAUGAAACUUAACUUUCCACAUCCAUGUUCCAGACAAUAAAAACCUUAAAAUUGUUUGAUUUAUGUUGACGUUUUCAAGCAUUACACUGGUUUAAUUUUUUUUUUCCGUCUCGUUAAUGCGUAUUACUUUCCUUACUUGGCUGAUUUUGGAUCUGUAAUGUUCAAACCCCAAUUUUUAGAAAAACUAGGCAAAUAUAAUUUGCAAAACCACUAUUAAAAUGGCAAAAACGGGCCUGAAGUAAAACUUCAACCAUUUCCUGUUUUUUAACUUUUGGACAUCUGUUCAGGAAUGUGACCCACUAGUCCUGUGCCUUUAUAACAGAUAAAGCUGCAUCAUAAACAUGUUUGCAAUUACAAUAUGCAUUUUUGUAGUUUUUUUUUUUUACUGUUUCAUAGCAUCGUGUUGCAUGUAAAUGGCUUUGAAAUAAACUAUGGUCACAAGGCAUGAGCAACAUACAUUUAAAACA